AUGAAAGAGAUAAUCCCAAUGAGAACUUACUGCAUGGUUUUUGGGUAUGAUGGAUCAGAUUAUCAUGGGAUGCAAAUUCAGUUGAGAGAUAACAAAAAAGUGGAGAACUUAAAAACAAUAGAAGGAGAGAUGGAAGAUUGUUUAAAGAAGCUUGACUUGUUCUUUGUUGGAAAUGAUGAUAAUAAUGAUGGAGGAGGAUUUUUAAAGAAAAUUAAAUGGUCAAGAGUUGGAAGAACUGACAAAGGAGUACAUUCAGUCUGCCAAGUGGUAUCUUUUAGAGCUAAGAUUAGAUUAAAUAAUGAGCUAGAAGGUAUUUUAAAACAUAAGAAUGAUAGUCAGAAAAUCAAAGAAAUUUGUCAAAGGCUCAAAAUAGAGAGAGACAUUUUAAAUAAGAAUGGAUUGGAUGAAAGCCAGAAUAUGAAUCCUUUGCUAGGAGGUGUCUCACUAACCCCAAAAAGUAAUGUAGAGGAUUUUCUGGAUGAGUUAUUGAUUUUGGACCAUAUAGUAGGAAAACUUAACGAGCUUUUAGAGACAACAAAAAUCAUGGUUUUCAAGAUUUUUAGGGUAACAAAGAAUUUUGAUGCCAGAACAGACUGUUCUAGAAGACAGUAUGAAUACUUAAUGCCCGAAUUCCUUCUUAAACCUGUAAAUAUUAUCAAUGAAGAUUUUAAAGAAGAGCUUAUAAAGGCAAGCUUAACUAGGUUUGAAAAAGGGCUAAACGAUUUAAAAAGUGGGAGUAGAAAGAGAAAAAGAUCUUCAUGUACAAACUUGAACCAGAGCUCUGAAAGCAAGGAAAUGAAAGAAGAAAAUUUGGAGAUAGCUGAGGAGAUGAAUGAAGAAGAAGAGGAAAAAGAAGAGAAAAUGAAACAAUUUGAGUUUCAUCAAGCAAAUAGGCUCAACAACUAUGGGUUUGGGAACGAUUGCAAGCUGGUUAACUACGAAAUUGAGGAUUACUUGGAAGAAAAGAGGAGAUUUUGUUUAACAGAUGAGGAUUUGAAAAGGUUUCAAACAAUUCUGAAUGAGUAUCUUGGUACAAAUAGCUUUCACAACUUUACAUCCAAGUUAAGUUACGAUGAUUCUACUUCUUGGAGGCAUAUUGAGGAAAUUAAAGUAGUUAGAGUUGAUCCAAGUGAAAUUAAAGGAGAUUUAAAACUCAUAAAAAUUGUUAUUAAAGGCCAGUCAUUUUUAUUACACCAAAUAAGAAAAAUGGUAGCUUUGGCCAUAGAAAUUUUCAGAGGAACAGCUCCAAGUAAUGCAAUUCAACUUUGUUUUUUGCCGGAUAAAUACUCCAUUCACUUAGCUCCAAGUCAAGGACUUCUUUUAGAUCGGGUUUUUUACAAUUCUUACAAUACGAAAAGAAGUAUUUCCACUGAUCAGAACGACUUCGCAAUUCAAUUUCUCUCAUUUCAUAUCCAAGAUUGUCAUUUUGUUAAAGAAAUGGAGUCUUUUAAAGUUAACUCAAUUUACUCAAAAAUUUCAUCAACGAUUUCUGAACCGAAUGAUAACAAAUGGAUUGAAUGGAUUGAAUCAAUCAGCAGACAUCCAUUUAUUAUUGAUAAUUUAAUAUAUGAUACAAGCUAUGCAAACAAAAACAAGCUAGAAAAUAAGGAUAAUCAAUUAUGA